AUGGAUAAAAAUCGACAAAAAUCAGAAAACCGACAAUCUCAACAAGAAAAGCGACAGCUUGGACAGAAAGAUCAGCAAAAAAAAUCAUCCACAACGGAAGAAUAUGUUCAUCCGGAUGACAAGGUGAAACCAGGACGACGACCACGCUAUUUACCAUAUAUGGCACCAGACUUAAUAGCAAAAGGCAUUGAAAAUAAUACACUUUACCAAGGGAUUCUACGAAUCAACAAACGCAACCGUUCGGAUGGAUAUGUGACUUCGGAUGAUUUGGAACAUGACAUUUAUAUUCAUGGUGUACGUGACCGAAACCGUGCUUUAGAAGGUGAUAUGGUAGCAAUUCGAUUAUUGGAUGUGGAAACUAUUUGGAAACAUAAAAAAGAAAAGGAUCAACAAAAGAAAAAGAAUACGGAAGAUCUUAAGGAACAAAGCAGUGUGGCAAUUGAAAUCGGGACUGAUGACGAAGAGGAACAAGAAGAAGAAGAAAUGGACAAGAAUAAACCCAAAUUCUGUGGACAAGUGGUUGGUAUUGUACAUCGUAUGGAAGGACAACAAAUCACAGGGACACUUCAUAUUGAUCAUCACCAAGGACCAACAAUUGAUAACAGUGAGAAAGAGGAAGACGAUGAUGAAGAUAAUGAUACGACUCCACCUGUUCCAGCAAACAAUAAUCAUGUUCGACUAUUAUGGUUCAAACCAACUGACAAACGUGCACCAUUUAUUGCUAUUCCUGUGGCUCAAGCACCUGAUGAUUUUUUAGCAAAUCCUUCCAAGUUUGAUAAUGAAAUAUUUUCUGCAAAAAUCACACGCUGGCCUAUUGAUUCCCGUUAUCCUUUUGGCAAAUUGAUCUGUGAAUUGGGUCGUCUUGGGGAAAUGGUAGUAGAAGCGAAAUCUAUAUUGGCAAACAACAAUAUUCUUGAUGCUGAUUUUAGUACGAAAGCGUUGAAGGCUCUUCCCAAAACUCCUUGGUCAAUUCCUGAAAAAGAAUAUAAAACUCGUCGAGAUUUGCGGUCAACUCGUAUUUUCACCAUCGAUCCUGAAACGGCUAAAGAUUUGGAUGAUGCUUUACAUAUUACAAGGUUGGAAGGUGACCAAUAUGAAGUGGGUGUCCAUAUUGCCGAUGUAUCCUACUUUUUGAAGAGAAACACUCAAUUGGAUGUGGAAGCCAAAGAACGUGGAACAAGUACUUAUUUAGUGGACCGUGUGAUCCCUAUGUUACCAUCUCUAUUAUGUGAACAAUUAUGUAGUCUGAAUCCAGGUGUGGAACGACUUGCUUUCUCUGUGAUUUGGAAAAUGGAUAAUACUGGACAUAUUUUAGAUACAUGGUUUGGUCGUACUAUCAUCAAAUCUUGUGCAAAACUGGCGUAUGAUGAUGCCCAAAGUGUGAUAGAAAAGAAAGGAUUACCAACGACAGCCAAGGUGGUAGAUCACUCUGUGUCUUCAGUGGAACAAGAUAUUUUGGAUCUACUCAAGCUAUCACAAUGUAUGCGACAACGACGUUUUGAGAAUGGUGCUCUCUCGAUGAAUUCUAUCAAACUUGCUUUCAAAUUGGAUGAGGAUGGUGAACCGGAAAAAGUAUGGGUGUAUCAACUAAAAGAAGCCAAUCGAUUGAUUGAAGAAUUCAUGUUACGGGCAAAUAUGAGUGUGGCUGAAAAACUUUGUCAACAUUAUCCUGGUGAAGCAAUAUUACGUCGUCAUGAACAUCCUAUUGAACGUCGUCUGGAUGAAUUUGUCCAAGUAGCUCAAGAUCUGGGUUAUUAUAUUGAUGGAAGUACUUCUGGUACUUUACAAGCUUCUUUUGAUGCCAUUGAAUCUGAAGAUGUCAAAUAUGUUUUACGUAUUCUCGCCAUCAAACCUAUGCGUCGUGCCAAAUACUUUUGUACUGGAUCUUUUGAUGAUAUUUCCAAAUAUCUACAUUUUGCAUUGAACGUCCCUAUGUAUACACAUUUUACGUCUCCUAUUCGUCGAUAUGCUGAUGUGAUGGUCCAUCGUCAAUUAGAAUCCAUUUUACAAGAAAAAGGUGAUUGUGGUUAUUCCAAGAAAAUGGUUCAAGCUAUCGCAUUACAAUGUAAUAGGAAAAAGGAUGGUGCCAAGAAUGCUCAAGAACAAAGUGGUCAUCUGUACCUUUCUCGUUAUCUUGCUCGUUUACCACAACCUAUUGUUCGGACGGCGAUUGUGUUACAAGUCAGUAAUGAUGUUUUUGAUCUUCUUGUCCCAGAUUAUGGUCUUGAAUCAAGAGUGUAUAUGGAUGCUAUGCCUUUGGAACAAUUCCGUUAUGAUGCAGUGGAUAACUCACUCACUGUCUAUUGGAAAAAGGAUGGGGUGAUGAACAUGGAUACUAUCAACAGUAUUAGGGAAGCCAAUCAAGCAGCCAACAACAAUACAUCGAAUGAAUUGAAUGAUGAUAAGAACAGCAAUAGAAUUGAUCAUUCUCAGCAACAGCAACAUAAUGGGCUGACGUUUUGCCGAACGGAUGGAUCAAAAAGGAUGCAAGUCUUCAAAACUUUUGGUAGAUUCGAUGUCCUUAUUCAAGUCAAUGAUGAACGUACUCCUCCUAUUAUUAAUAUUUACCCCAUCAACCCUUUUUUUGAAACUAUAGAAUAG